AUGGUCAGCAUGAAGAAAGGGUUCUGGGGAGAUAGAAUCACGGAUGGGUUGGUAGGAAGAGAUAAUUUUGGCGAGCACCUAACUAAUUACGACGCCUGGGUGAUUGUGGAUUUGGUGGAAAGUUAUUACGUCAUUUCCGUUACUUUAUACCCUGUUGAUGGUGCCUCUUCUAUGAGAGAUGGCCUGGCGAACUUUAAACUCGGAAAGCUGCAGCCCAACAUAAGCCCAAACAUCGACUAUGACUUCCUGGAAGAUGACUUCGAAGUUUGGUACCAGCACAAAGGCCAAGUGACCAAAAAUGUGAUUCUGGAUUUUUCGGGGUCAGGAAGGAUUGCCAGAUUCCUCUGCGUGAGACAGUCUGAUGCAGUUAUGAGCAUUAAGCGCAUGUACAUCAGUGAGAUUGAAGUUUUCGGCGAGGAUUUCAAUGAGGCUCUAGCCACAUUAGCCAAACAGUGUAAUAAUUAUUUCUCAGAGAUGUAUGAAAAUGAUUACAUCGGGUGCCAGCUGACGUUUGAGCCGACAGACAAUCCUACAAGAACUGAUUCUAUAAAAAGUUGCUUUGAGUUUUGUUCCAAAUCUAAAGCCAAGCUAUUUGCACUGACUAAGGGAUUUGAAUGUACGUGCGGAGAAAAGAGCGGGAAAUCCAUAUCAUCUACGCACUGUGAUAUCUUCUGCCCUAACAUGGCAGGAUUUUGCGGCGGAAAGCUUACUUACUCCGUGUAUAAAAUUUCAGACAAGGUCGAGCAGGCUGUAACGCAUUAUGUUGGAUGUUACACGGAUGAGACGAACACAGAGGUGAUGGGCCCGCCUAUAUCGAAAUCGUCUCGACUCGAUAACGAAAUGUGUCGAGAUUUGUGCAACAAAUCUUAUUUCGCUACUCAGGCGGGGAAAUAUUGUUAUUGCUCAGAUGUGUAUGACAGUCUUGGGUCUGCCUGGAACUGCGACAUGCACUGCCCGAGUGUCCCCAUACAGCUAUGCGGGGGUAUCAAUGCUAAUCAAGUUUAUAAAGACUGUGCCAGCCAUAGGUGCAAAUUUCGAUGCCAGAGUGACCAUAUAGGGUCUAUAAAUUUCGGGACCUGCCUGGCUUACCCCGGAGAAUAUGUUGAUGAAGACGGAGGGAGACAAAUCAUACCAAUAUCAAUGCCAUACGGUGUAAGGGUCAAUGCAGCCUACAGCAAACCAACUUACUUCAGUCUAAACUACAACAGCCCAAAACUAUCUACUGCCACUGAUGGCCUCAUCAAACUAGCCAACUAUCUGAAAAGCAUCAACCCUAACCGAAAUUCUCAAGAGUGGUUUGCCGUGGAUCUUAUAGACGAUUACACCGUCAAUUUUGUCGUUAUCUUUAACGAAAUCUGUCUCGAUAAGUGUCUCGGAAAGUUUGAGAUAAAGCUCUCAAAUCAUUUCCACCCUGUGAGACCAAAUUUUGAGAAAAUGUAUGUAUGUGGUCGGUGGUUGCUGCAAGUUGGUAGUAGUGGCGUGUCUAUGAAGGUUAAAUGCAUUAGGCAAUUUAUCGAGUAUCGUUUCGUUAUCGUCAAACUCGUUGACGAUUCGAAGGGUAGUUUGGGCUUCGCUGAAAUUGAAGUUUACACAAAAGAAUUGGCGCCAGUUUAUAUGGGAUGCUACAACGGAAUCAUCUCGUCUGUCGUCGGUAGUCCGAAGAUAAACUCAUUCAGCCUGUGCAACGAGUUCUGCUCCAGUAACAAACUUCCAUUCAUGGCUAUCAGACAAGGUACAAAAUGUUAUUGCACAGCGGUCUACGGUCUGAAACUGCCUAGCUCAAUGUGUAAGGCGGCCUGCCGUGACGCCGACCUCGGAGAUGACACGCCGUGCGGUGGUUCGACUUCGUUCGCAAUCUACGCUGUAAGACAUGUGAAUAAUUACGACAUAAGCUACAUCGGCUGUUAUCAGAAGUCUGCAGAAGUUCAUUUUAUAGUAUUAAAGCUGACUUUGAAGGACUGCUUGAGUUAUUUCACCUUCAAAUACACAUUCCUGAAUGAGACGUUGGCACACUGCGCCGAUGGCCCGGAACACAAAAAUAACCUCUGCCUUACUGACGAGUGCAUGAAUGGAUGGACGGGUCCAUUUUGCAAUCGAAGGGGUGAUUGUUCGGCGAAGGAUGGCAGAUGUCCGAUCGGUUUGAAAUGUAAAAGUUAUCAAGUUAAAAACCGACUAAUCGGCGAGUGUGUAUGCGAUAGCGGAUAUGUUCUGGAUGAUUCGAGAUGUCUCCAUACCAGUGAGUGCAAGUCGUCUGAUUUCUGUAAGAGGAACGUUGAAAAGUGCUUGUGCUUCAGCAUUUUGGAAUCUUCAAAUGGCAAUUUACACAAAAUUUGGAGUUUCCCGCCGGUUUUUUUAAUCACGUAUUUUGCUGUCACUGUAUUUUUUAGUUUUUGA